GGCGUAUGUAUAUUUUAUCGUUUUCUGCAGGCCGUUUAGCUCUCGGAAGCUCUGAGAAGCCUGAGCUGUGGUGGUUAAACGAGAAGGGUUUAUCGAUCCGCCGAAGGAAUGGCUUUUGCAAAUAGAAUUGGAAAUGUGCUCAAACAGGCAGUUAGCAGGCACAUGAAUCCUGAGUUAUCUCACUCAAACUCAUCCCUGUACCAGGCAUAUAGAAGCAUGUCGUCUUCAAAGCUUUUUGUUGGAGGCCUUUCUUAUGGGACUGAUGAAACAAGUUUGAAGGAAACAUUUGACCAGUUUGGUACUGUGCUUGAAGCACGGAUUAUUAUGGACCGUGAUACUGGAAGAUCCAGAGGCUUUGGCUUUGUUAGUUUUUCAACAACUGAUUGUGCAACCAGUGCCAUGCAGGCCAUGGAUGGACAGGAUCUUCAUGGCCGACGGAUUAGGGUGAACUAUGCAACUGAGAAGCCUCGUGGUGGAUUUGGUGGUGGAGGAUAUGGAAACAAUAGUUAUGGAAGUGGAGGUGGGAACUAUGGCAGAGGGGAUGGAUAUGGAGGUGGUAGCUAUGGCAGUGGAGCGGGUGGAUAUGGUGGUGGUGGUAACUAUGGCAGCAGUGGUGGUGGUAACUACAACAGCGUUGCGGGUGGAUAUGGUGGAGGUGGUAACUAUGGCGGCAGUGGUGGGUUUGGUAGUGACUAUGGGAGCAAUGUCGGCUAUAACAGCAGUUAUGCCACUGAAGAGAGAAACUUUGAUGGUGGGAAUAGUGGUAUUGGCAAUAAUGGUAACAGUUAUGCCAACACCGGAUUUGAUAGGACAGCAGGUUAUGGUGCAGGCCAGCAACAGCUGAACACAAAUCAAGAGAUACCCGAGCCUGUUGCUGGAGAUUUCACCCAUGACCCAUUGGACGGGAAUUACAGGGAUGACGACAACGAGCCAGAUGGUUAUGCCAACAAAAGCGGCUGAAGAAAUCUUUCAUAGAUGAUAUACUGUGUUGAGCUUGCCUAGGAACAAAACAUAAUAAGUCACUUCUUUUGGUGUUGCUAUGCACAUUGCGCACUUUACCAAGUUUGAUAAAUGUUAGUCUUCAGUGUGUGCAAAAAUUAAGAAAACUUUAAUUGACCUUGUUGUUUAGAUUUAUUCUCUGGCAGACUGGCAUCGAGCUAGACCUUGACGCAAUCAAAGGAAACAUUUUUGC